GGUUCCGGGUUCGCGGACCUGCCGAGGCGCUGCGUCUCUGCUGGUUUAGGAAGCUGCUUUUGUCUCCCUCUGGUUCCCAGAUCGCCCGCCUUGUCACAUAAGGGGUGACCGAGGGUAGAGGGGCUGGCCGCUGGGUCAAGUUGGGAGUGGCAGCGCCGGGCUUCGAACUCGCGCUCUGCGCUGGGCGAGGCUUCGUAGAACCGAGAUGACCCAGUCUUUGGUUUGUCCCGAGACCGUGAGCAGGGUCAGUUCUGUGCUUAAUCGCAACAGCCGGCAGUUUGGAAAGAAACAUCUUUUUGACCAGGAUGAAGAGACGUGCUGGAACUCUGACCAGGGCCCCUCCCAGUGGGUGUCACUCGAGUUUCCCCAGUGUGUUCAGAUCACACAGCUGCAGGUGCAGUUCCAGGGUGGCUUCUCCAGUCGCCACAGCCGCCUGGAAGGUUCAAGGGGUGGUGAGGCCCUCAGCAAGAUUGUAGAUUUCUACCCUGAGGACACCAAUGCCCUUCAGACCUUCUCCGUCCCCGCCAUGGAGGUGGACCGGCUGAAGCUGACUUUUGAGGACACCACCGACUUUUUUGGCCGUGUGGUUAUCUACCACCUUCGCGUGCUGGGUGAGAAGAGGGCCCUUCCCACCACUGUCCAGGAGCUGCCUUUCAAGCCAGUUGUGGGCUGACUGGUUUGUCCCUGAGAGCCUGGGUUCCCAGCAGGCUGUCUUCACUCGGGGUCCGCAGGCCCCAGGGUACUCUGGAACAGUCUGAGGAUGUGGCUCUCCAUCGCCUGCUGCACUGUGGGAGGAGGUGGGAGGAGGUGUGAGCCAGUGUGAGCCAGUGUGAGCCAGCAGUGAGCUGGGGAGAGGGGACUGAAGACUCUCAGCCUCAGAUGUCAAAAGGAGGCCAUGAAUAAGGAACCCAGUUGCUUUAAGGCAAGGUUUGCCUGUCUUCCCUCCACUCGCUGCGGCCCACCCUGCCUCCAGAACCAUGAGUCCAAAUAAAACUUUAAAAGAAAAAUAA